GUAAUUUUUAAAGUGCAGACCUUAAAGAGCUCCAUCCGAUAGAACCGGUGGUUCUUCCCGAUUAGCUUGGUCUAAAAUCUAGAAAACAUAGAAACUCUUUCCUCUGACAGUUUCCUCGUUAAUGAUGUCUGCAGCGCUCUCCUCUACUGGUAGCAGAAAUGGCGCCACGCUCAGUGGAGCUGAUCCAAACGCCGCUGCAGCUCUAUCGAUACCUGCUGAGAUGCUGCAGGCAGCUCCCGUCCACCGCCAUGCAGCAGCACUAUCGACACGCCAUACGACAGGGUUACAACAGCCACUCGGAUGAAGACGACCCUGAGAGGAUCCAGAUGAUGAUCCAGAGGGCCGUCAAAGAUGCCGAGUGGAUUUUAGACAAAUAUACCAAGAAGAAGUAGGCUCCAUCUCACAGCAGGACAGCGUGUAAAUAUUGCUGCUUUGUUUCCAAUAAACCAUGUGAGUCAUGAAGCCGGAUGUUAAUUAUUUCAGCUCUGUGACGUCUGUGGUGUUUGGACUGGUCCAGGUUAAGGACCCAGCUCAGUCCACCACAGCGAUGGGUCCAGCAGCACUGAUGCGCCGCCGCACGCGUCCGGCUCUAACAGCUAAACCCGGCGUCGGUGCGUUUAGCGUUUCCAGAAAGUCAGGUGGCCGAUACACGAGCUGACUGACGCACAGGACGGGGUUUCUAACCACAUCUGCUAAGAUUAUCUCUGAUAUUUGUUGUUUUCUCAUCAAUUUAAUCAGGAAAUAUGGAGCCGCCUGAAGGUUUCAGCUGAGUGGAAACAUUUGCAUCUCAUAUGCAUUUUAAUUUUCUGGUGAUGUCAUCCUGCUCCUCUCAGUUAUCAGUCAACUUAUCUGAAUUCAAAUUGACUCUGUUUGCUGUUCUAGUUAUUAUUUUAAAUAAAUAA